CGUCAGUCGAUUUGGACUACAGUUCCUAUGACGUAACUCCUCAUUUGGACUACAGUUUCCAUGACUCUCAUCGGGAACUACAGCAACGAAUAUGGCGUCCAUCGCAAAUUUCCUGAAAACGGCGUGGAACAAGGAGCCCGUGGUGACGGCUGCAUGUGGACUGGGCGUCUUGGCACUUAUUUUGCCGUUGGUCAGUCCCUACACUGAGUACGCGGCCAUGAUAAACAAAGCGACCCCUUACAACUACCCAGUUCCUGUGCGAGAUGAUGGAAACAUGCCUGACGUUCCAGCACACCCAUGCGACCCACAGGGCCCGAAACUUGACUGGAUUAAGAACCUGUGAAAAAUCUUCCCGUGUACCGUCACCCCGCCGCUGUACAAUACACUCUCCCCUGCCUGCCUGAAUCAGGGGCUGUCAAUAAAUGUUUUUGUUUAAGCACACUUUUUCAUUCCUUUAUAAAUCGCAGUACGGUCCCUGAAGAAUAAUGAAAACAUGCUGCCCAGUAAGCGACUUUAUGGCUUCUGUUUACUGCUCAGGUCCAGCUUGGUCCAGAUCAGCCUGGUAGUUGCAUGAACCAGCCAGAAAACCCAUCUCAAUUCCACUUUAACAAUAAUAAAGCAGUAUAGGAAAACCUACUUGCAAAAUCAGCCACACUUAUUUGUAUAUUGGCAAAGGGUGUUGAAGUUUUGUUGUCCAGGGUUAAGACUGCUUAUGUGAUUAGUUUGUUUACCUCAUUACUCUGAAUUUUCAGGUCUGUGCUGUCUGGCUGAAACUGGUGCAGUAAAUUGAAUUUUAACUGGUUAAAAGAAAAUACUUGUUACCAGUAUCUAAAUUUCUCUAUCAAAACAAUUUUUUUACAUUUAUGAAUUGAAUUUUCAGUGAUUGCAAUAGUAUUUAUAAUUUAAUUUUCAAUAAUGUAAGUUUCAUAUGUGGAUAUUUAAUUUUUGAUGUCAAGAAAUGUUCUUGCUAAUAAUUCUAACUUGCUAGAUAAAAGUGAAAUUGAGUUAAAUUGAGAAAUUACAUUCUUGAAAACAAGAAAAACCUGAUUAAAAACGAGAUUAAAAGCUCA